GGAGCAGUUCUAUGACAGCUACAAUGCAGGAGCCGCUGGGCUGAGUGUGGGGGCGCCGCGGCUCACUCCCCCUCUCAAGCGCCCUCGCAUGAUGGUACCCCUCCGGCAGCAGCAGCAGCAGAGAGCUCAGUCCCCCAAGAAGGUCGUUCUGCCUGGAUACGAAGACCUUCGCACCUAUAGCAGUCCGGACAUCCUGAUCUGCGGCAACUGCCGGGAGUUGUUCAGUAACUUGGCAGACUUCAUCGACCACCGCAAGAAUUACUGCAAGCUGCGCUUCACGUGCAAGUGCUCCAGCCUGUCGCUGCUCAGCGGCGGCAUCCCACGCGUUGGUAGCGGCGAGGAGAGCGCGGCUCUCAUGUGCGCGCUGUGCAAGGAGAACUUCAGCUCGCCCUGGGACCUGAUGGUUCAUGCGCAGGCUGCCCACAUGGUCAACAUCUACCAGCUCGGCAACAAGGAUAACAGCAUUCAGGACGCAACGGGUAACGGCUCGACGUCUGGCGAGGGCAAGUCCCCCGGCAACGACGCUGGGGACAUGGCCGUGGAAGGGGAAAUGGGAGGGCAGCCCGGCGCGUCCGACCACAAACAGGAGAACGGACUUGGGGAGCCGGCAGACGGCGCUGCCGCAGAGCUCCUGAACGGCGCGUCUCCGGCCUCUGGGGACACCGAGGCGAUCGUCAACUGAAGCACCACUUUUCCCGGCAGUCAAAAUUAGCGGCUAGAAAAUCUCCCGAUAAAGCUAACGAUAAAAAUUCUGAUGCAUUUUCUCAUGAACAGCUCUCAGGUUGCGGCUACAACUAACUGUUUUAUUUAUAAAUUUCUGCCGUGAUUGGAUUUCUGGUCAUUAGAUAUUUUCAGGAUACCCCCCAGAAACGCAGCGAUUCUAAAAAAAGUUUAUGAAGGUACUCUGUAGUUGAGUAAGAGACCGUGCGUAGAUAUUCCCUUCCUUAAAAGGCUAUAGAAUUCCAGCAAAACCUCGAAAAUUGUAGUUGCUGGAUCAUAAUUUAUUCAUGAAUUUUAAAUAUUCAAAAUCGAUAAUCUCCAUAAUUCCGUUCUCGUGAAUCUACUAGUGAUGGUCAAAUCUCUUUUCCACUUUUUACGCGCGCAAAGAAGCUAACAAAUGUAUUCAAUAGGAGCGGAGUUUAUUUAAAAGUCAAUCUUUAUUGAAUGAAAUUUCAAUUUCGGUGAUACAGUUCCGUCAAAAUUUCUGAGAAAAUUAUUGUUUUUUACCUUUGAAUUGGAUAAAACGAUUAGAUAACAGUUCAUGCAAUCAGAAAAGAUCCUUACUAACGCAAUUAUAUUUGAAGGGCUAACUGAUUUCUACCGGACUUGAUAGAAGUGUGGGGAAUCAGAAGUUUAUAGGCUUGUGUACAUAGAUCAUGUCGGGUGAAAAGUAGUUUAGACACCCUCCUGUGAUGUGCUAAGAAGCGUCGAACACAAAAUGUUAAUUAGAUGAACUUUAGUGAUGUAUUUUUCUUAGAUUUAGACGCCUUCUUUACUAAGGGCCUCGCAAAGUCAACGAAAAUGAGGUGGGAGAAAUUUCCUGUGGUACGACAAGACUGUUGCUAAAAGGUCGGCCGGUUGUCAUGAAGUCGACUGGAAUUCUAUUUUGAAAGUUGGCUUUACUUGCAGGCGGGUCCUUUGAAGUGGAAACAACGCCAAUGGCAGAGAAUUGCGUGAAAAUUAGCUUGCGCUGUGAGCUUGCUGUUGAUAAAGUAAUGAAGUAUAUAAGGUUCACUCACAAAAUUAUUCUAAUUGCUUUGCUUUACGUUAACGUUAUUUUGGCCUAGACCAUUUUAGGAACUGAUUGGAUUGGCUUUCUUCAAACUAGAUUUGUUUGCACACUUGUGGAUAAGAACAAGAAAUUACCAGCUUGAUCUCAGGCGGAUUGACUUAUUAUUGUUUGCAUUUCAAUGGGCAGAUUUUCAAAAUUUUAUUUUCUAAUGAAAUAAGUUUCGAUAGUUUGUAUAUCUAUGAAUAAAUUCACUAGUCAACACAACACCCUGUUAGGAUCAGUGUCAACAGCUUAAAUACUCGAUGUGCGUCGGUUGCAGUUAUCACCACUCAGAAGGAACCAAUAGGAACGACGUUCACUUCAUCACAAAUGUCGGUAGAUGAAUCUUGAGACGAGCGAUAGCUAUGCAACACUAACGCUCUCCACGCCUGGGCAUGCGUGUUAACUAAAGCCCAGACGCACAUCAUGGACUCCUAAGAUUGCGCUGAAAAUUGGUUGCACGGAAAACUGGUUAAGCUGACACUUCGCCACAAUCGAUAUGUGGGAAUUGUGCGCCAGUUGUGCUAGUGUCGCCAUAUUUGUGAUGAUUGUUCAAUUAUCGGUUUAAUAUUUACUCGAGAUAUCAUUUAUCGCUGACAUAGCUCGUCCGUUUUGCCAUAAUCAGUAGAUUGUCAUCCCUCAAAGCGUGUCGCGGAUGCCAAAUCUGGCUGCAAAUUUUCAGUUAAAUUUAGUCUACUGACGGUAGCUCUGGUCAUUAAUUUUGGUCUUUACGUACUAAUAGCUUUGACGGCGGUUGAUGUUGCUAGAGACAAAAUGUUACACCGUGACGGUACACCAUGACGGUAUAGGUACGGUCUGAGAUCGGACGGUGGGAACCCAACACUGUUGGCACCGUUAGUCGCCCUGCCGUCAAUUGAACUGAAGCAACCAACUCGGCGCGUAUUCAUUUAAUAGUGGAAUUGUCUUUUUUAUUGUUCCACGAUUUACUUUAUUAUGAUAUUCUGAUGAAAUAUAAUUUGGCCUUGGAUUAUCAAUAUUAUCUACUCGCAAUUAUGAAAUUAGUAUGAGUCACUUCAGAACUUGGUCUAUCGUUUAUUCUUUAUUUGAUUAUUGUCGCAGGAACUUGGUUGUAUUACAGGAGAUAGUUGGUUGCGAUGCCUUGACAUCGUCUUCACGUUUACCGACUUUGAGCUCAUAUAGUUGCUUUUUAAGCGCAGGACGGUAAACAAUCAACCUAGUCGUCAUGUAUAGAUGCGUCAAUCAUUUUUUAGUCUUCAUAGUAGAUAUAGAUGCCGUAAACAAUUCACGAUGCUUUAUACUUCUCUGCUAUAUUUUCCUGGAUUGUAAAUAGAACUACACUGUAGGUUUAGACUGGACUAAUAGAUAGUCAGAUGGAAUUAGUUGUAUAAUUUUAUAUACUAGAGCAGUUUUCCCGCAUAGCGUUGGUAUUGAACACUAUUUGUAACUCAUUUCUUAUCGAAUGAGAGGGGAAUUUUCUCGCGUCUGGAUAAGGGUUUUAAUAUUCGUGGUUGUGAGUUGCGUUGUGUUAGAGUUUGAUCCUAUAUUCGUUAUCCGUUCGUGUUAUCUAGUGUUGGUGUUAUACCCUUCGUGUUAUGCAUGGCUUGUGUUAUCCCAUCGUGUUAUGCAGUGCUGGUGACUAAUGUUAUCCUCUGUACAAUUGUUUAAACAUGCGUUACUCUUAUUGACUUGCGUGGUCUGGUGAUAGAGAUUUGAUUGCUCUUAUUUUUAUGCCAAUGGCUGUAAUUCUACGAAAUUAAUUGUGAAUAAAUUUUGAAACUUAUAAUUAUUCUCUGAAAAUGGGCUUUGCUCUACUAUCCGAGUGCGUUUGCACAUUGACGAUGUAACACAUGGAUGUUUGAUUGAAACAAAAACAGCAAGUAAUCAGUUUCAGUAUGAUUGCUGUCCAAGUCGACAUUGUAUCAGUGUUUGAUGUCGUACAUAGGAUAAUGUGGAUAGCGUUAGGAUACCCUCUCCCCCCCCCCUCUGUGGGAAGACUUGUAUUACUCAUAUUACUUUUCCUUGAUCAUGCCCUCCCCAUGUGAGAAUGUUUGCCCUAUAAUGUUAAGUAGAUUUUUUGAUCAACAAGUGGAAAGUAGAUAAUCGGCCACGCAUACGCAGAGGUCUUCAUUUUUAGGUUUCUGACACCAGGGUUGAAUUUUGAACACGUAAUAUGCAUUUAUACAUUUAUGUAUAAUAGCGGUUUCAGCGUUUAUUAGGCCGUAGGCCUGUCGCUGACUCUUAACACUGCAGAACAAUCACAUCAUGUUGCGGUCUCGAACUCGCAACUCACUGCCUCAAUUCUGCUGUGCUUAAC